CUAAAACCAUGCAUCCGCAAGCUUUUUCCUGGUCACUGGCAUGCUGCCUUGUGCUGCUCCUGCUUCCGUCCGGAAUCCGCUCGAUGUGCAACGACUCCACUGAGCCGGGAUGCCUCCACCCGGCGGAGCUGCAAAUCCCCCAGCGUUAUUGUUUGGACCCCACCAAGUACUGGCUCUGCAGCGCCAUCAACUCGCAGGCGCACCUUCAUAAGUGCCAGCCCAACACCGGAUUCGAUCAGGACCUCAACGCCUGUGUGCCAUGGACCGCCUGGGAGUGGAAGCCAUGCCAGGAGCCGCCCAGUCGUCCUCCUGGAUGGAGUGGAUGCUAAAAGAGUGAGCAAGUCCGUGUUGCUUGGCCACAAUAAUGGAUUUAGGCUUAAACUAAAAAUUAUGUUUCACAGUUUAAAUUUUGGUCAUUUCUCUGAUAAAUGAAAAUUUCCUUACUCUUCUUUAUUACAAUUAAAAAAUUGUUGUGUUGGGUAUAAU